CCAAGAUACCUCCGGGUACCUAGGAACCUCCAAAUGCACUAGCGACUAGCGGGGACCCUCCAACCAAUAAAAGCACCUCAGCGUCGUUGAUUAUACAUUUCAUCACCAGCCUCAUCCCACCUCUCCCUCAUCGCUCCUCCGUGUCUCAUCACUCAUGCCUCUGUCUCCCCUCGCCCAGCUCCGUGGGCUGGCUCUCCUCCUCCCAUGGACCGCCUACCUCCUCGGCGCCGACGUCGUGCUCUCGCUGCUUCUGCCUCUAAAACUGCUCUUCCCGACCCUCGUCUUCAACGCAUCCUCUCUCAUCGCAAACAGCGUAUGGGCGUGGGUCCAAGGUAUCUUCGUCACCUGGAAUCGCGCUAGCAUUACCAUUUCUUCGAAUCAGAGACUACCGAAAGGAGAAUCGGCGAUUGUGGUCGCGAAUCACGUGUCCUGGUCGGAUUUCUACCUGAUCCAAGAGGUUGCGCAGCGGUCGGGGAUGCUGGGUCUGUGUCGCUGGUUUGCGAAGAAGAGCCUACGGUGGGUACCGUUUCUAGGGUGGGGGCUGUGGGCGAUGGGGAUGCCGCUAGUAUCGAGGAACUGGACGAAGGACGAGAGGGAGUUGGAGAAGGUGUUUAGAGGGGUUGUACAGAAGAAGUGGCCUGUUUGGCUCAUCUCUUACAGCGAAGGCACCCGCCUCACCCCCGCCAAACAACGCUCCAGCAUCCAAUGGAGCCGCGACCACAACCGCCCCGUCAUGAAGCACGUCCUGUAUCCCCGCAUGCACGGCUUCGUCGCGACCGUCAACGCGUUGCGCCACACUAAGCACGUGCGCGCCGUCUACGAUAUGACCAUUGCCUACGCCCACGGUCAGAACUUCAUGCAGGCGCCCUCUUUCUGGGACACCUUCACGACGAACUUCGCUGCAACGGGGUACCGGUUUUACGUGCACGUGGAUCGUUAUCCGAUAGCUGAGCUACCGGAAACGGCGGAGGGACUGAGUCAGUGGCUGGAGACGAGGUGGGUGCAGAAGGGGAAUCGGUUGGAUGACUUGAAGAGAAAACUGGAGAGGGGGGAGGAGUGGGAAGCCGACGAGCUGGAGUAUUAACGAAUCACGAUUUAUAAUAUAUAAUUUAUAAGGUCGACCGAAAUCUAAGUUCUAAUGCUCACAACUUCGCCC